CCAUACGUAGAAGGUUGUCAUAACCUUUUUGAGCAAUACAGGAUGCUAUAAACCUUCAUGAAUACUCCAAAUCAAAAUGAGGAUAUUCAAGGAAAGUGCUUGGGAGACUGACGUGACAGGGGACAAGUUGACAAACGAACUCUUCAUCGGUCGGAAGAAAAAAGCCAAACCGAAGAAAACAUCAAUUAAUAUUCUACAGGCUGAGAAGAAAUCGAAAUUAUAUAAAAAACCGAAAUCGAAAACUGCUAAACCGGAACAGACCAUUGAAACUACCAAUCUUCCUGCAGCUAGAAAUGGAGCCGGUGGCAGAAAACGUAAAUCUUCUGAUACAACGAUAAACGAAGUUUUAAUUAAGAAAUGGAAAUCAGAAUCGCAGAAGAAUUCGAACUCUAGAUCUAGCGCCAAUGGGAAUAACAAUGCUACUGAACUAUUCUUGAAAAAUGACAAACCUGACAAAGUUGAUCAAAAAAAUAUAUCAAAUCAUGUUCGUCACAGGGUCAGCACACAGAAAUUGGACUUGAACAGAGAUAUUCUUGAAAUACGGAUUGAAAAACAAAAAUUAAAGCGUGAAAAAAAGAAACUAAAGAAUCAGCGAAAUUCAAGCAACACAAAAGCACUUCCUAAUGCAAACCAAGCAGGUGAGAGAGAUAAUUCUACAAAAGAUGUUCCUGCUAAAGUAAAAGAUGAUCAAUGUUUUACCAAUCUCAAAGUGUCGAACAAAGUAAUUGAAUCCGGGAUAAAAAUCAACAGAUUACAGAGAUUGCUCGCUGAAAAACAGCAGCAUGACUCAACAAAGAACUGUAAGAAAAAUACUCAGCAAACAUCGCUGAGAGACAGAAUGUUGGCUAGACUCAAGUCUUCAAGGUUCAGAUACUUGAACGAACAGAUGUACAACAGCGAAAGCUGGUCAUCUAAGAAAUAUUUCAAAGAAGAUCCCGAUGCAUUUUUAGCCUACCAUGAAGGCUACCAGCUCCAAGUGGAACAGUGGCCUUUGAACCCCUUAGACACCAUAAUUGCGUCGAUAAAAAAAAUGCCGAAAGACUAUGUCGUCGCAGACUUCGGAUGUGGCGAAGCCAGACUUGCAAACAGUGUAACACAGAAAGUACAUUCCUUGGAUCUGGUUGCCAUAAAUGACAAAGUUACUGCCUGUGAUAUGGCGCAUUCAUCAUUGCUCACCGGCAGAAUUGAUGUCGUGGUUUUCUGCCUCUCUCUGAUGGGCACCAAUCUCACAGAUUACUUAACAGAGGCCAACAGAGUUCUGAGAAAAGAUGGGAUUCUCAAAAUCGCCGAAGUUGAAAGUAGGUUCGACAACGUGGACGAAUUCAUCAAAACUUUGGGUAGUUACGGAUUUGUUAAUACGUGGAAAGACUUAUCGCACAACUUGUUCUACUUUAUGGACUUUAAAAAAGAUGCUGACGUCACGAAAAAACGAAGUAAACUUCCGCCCCUCGUGCUCAAUCCGUGCUUAUACAAAAAACGUUGACACCACGUCGACAUAAAAUAAUGAUAUAAGUUACCGUUACUUCCGCAAUAGUACUAUAUAUAAUUACUAUUUUUUAUGUUAUCGUUGUAUGUUGUGACACUGAUGAAUAAAGAUAUUGAUUGUAUGUCGUCUGUUGAAACUCAACGUACGGAUUGAAAUGAUUUAUUUGUACCAACGUGUGGAGAUUCACUUUUUCAUGAAAAGUUUCACGACCACAUAUGGAAGAAUAUUUUAUGUGCCAGCUUAAUCACAGUGUUAGAUUUCACACACGCUGAUCUGCAUUGCACAAUAUGUAGUAAAGUAAUAUUUGUAAACGUUUUAUGUUGUCAUCCCACUAGAGUUACCAAAAAAAUUACUUCAUUCUUUUGGCUGGUUCAGAGAUUUUCAAUCUAUGGCACUUUAUCAUAACGCAGU